AUCCUAGGUAAUUAAGGUUUCCGGAACAAAAGAGCCUCAACACUACUUCCUUUUUCCAUGUGCGCUGGUGCCUACCGUUUUUGACUCCUACUACUAGGCAACUUUUUUCCCCUGCACUUUCGUCUUUCUUUUUUCCUUCUCAUUCCAACAUUCAGACACAAUUCGAUUCAUCGCACUCUGUGAUCUGUUACCAACUUCAGUAUCCGUCUAAGCCUUUAGGCAUUUGGUAUCAACUCACUUGCGCUGAUUCGCACUGCUACUGGAUCGUGUACUCUAUUCUCACCUUUCUACCACUUUAUUAUACUACACACUCUACUUCAUCACUCUCUAUUCUAUCAAUCACUUCUCCAUCACACUACUCUUUCAUUACUCCACUACUUGAAUAUCAACUGUACAAUUGCACUACUCUUCCAAGAUACGGUACUCUUUCAUUAAACCACUCUACCACUUUCGCAUCACCAAACUAUCUUGUAUUCACGCACACCCUUUAAUGUACGGCGCAUUGUGCCGACUUUCAUCAUGACGUCUGAUUCCGGUAAUCCGGAUGACCCAAAAGUUGAGUCGGCGGAUGUACAACGCGCCGUAACCCCAGUCACGGAACUGUUAACCAACAUCGUCGAAGAAGCAUGUGCUACUACUGCACCUGCUGCUGAUUCCAACGCCAAAGAUACUAUUGCCGACAUCGUUGAUGAGGAAGCAGCGAUUAAGAAUCUUACAGCAAAUGUUCGCGACCAGGCAGAUGUAGAACGCGAUAUCACUUAUCAAGCGAAUCUUGCCUUGAUUGAUGCUGAGGAUAAGCGAGAUGAGAAACGUAUCGACAAGGUACGAGCUAGUAUAAAGAAGCUCAAAACCGAGAAGAAGAACCUUGAGGAGCAAUGUCGUAGGGCCCUUGGAAGACCCGCGUAUCAGCGAACAACUCGAGACAAGAUUGCUCAAAUUGACUCGGAUAUCAAACAAGCCAACAAGGACAUUGCUGAUCUCCAAGCACGCAUCGAACAACGUCAUCGCGAAGGCGACAAUAUCGACCAAUUUCAGAGCACCAACAAGAAGUUGCCUAACGAGAGUCAUCGUGACUUCUUGAUUCGCACGGGUAAAAUUACCCCAUUUGCGAAUAUUGGUGGACCACGACCCGAAGGCGUUGAAGGACCGCUGGCCGAUGCCUUAAUCGAUGCCGAAGAUGAAGCAGCAGCGGAGCAACUGGAAGAACAAGCCGAUUACCAACCUCAAUCGCAUCAGAAUCUGCGAGCGCCUGGAUUUGACGAAGAACCUGAUCUGGCCAGCGCGGCGGCCGAAAGCGAAUUCGGAUUACGUCCACGUCAACGCCAACAAAAAAAGCGUAAAUUAACGCACGCGGCUUCGUCGUCGGACGAAUACGUACCGCAGACUUCUUCCGAUGCGCCCGGUGCAGAUUUCGUUGAUCAAGUGUCACAGGAUGACGAGCGACCUCGAAAGAAGUCCAAGAAAGCAACAAGUGGUGACAAAGUUGAUCUUAGCAAGAUCGACGAUGGCAAUGAGCGCAGUUACCAGGCUCGACUUGCUGAUUGGUCCAAAAGGCGUUGCGCCAACAGACGUAGAAAGCGGCAGGAGAGAAGACGUGAAGGCGACGACGAGGCUGACAGUGGAGAUGAACAAGAAUGGUUGAAGCCUUCUCCAGACCACGACGAUCAUCUCCUUCAGAAUGGGUUCAAGAUCCCUGGUGAUAUCAACCAUGCCCUUUUUGACUACCAGAGAACCGGUGUUCAAUGGUUGUCAGAACUUUAUGCCCAGAAAGUUGGAGGCAUCGUUGGUGACGAGAUGGGCCUUGGAAAGACUAUUCAACUCAUCGCUUUCAUUGCGACUUUGCAUCACAGUCAGCAAUUAGACAAGCCUGUCAUUAUCGUGGCACCAGCUACUGUCCUUAAGCAAUGGGUGAACGAAUUCCACCGUUGGUGGCCUCCUAUGCGAGUGUCGAUCCUUCAUUCCUCGGGAAGCGGCAUGCUUAGUAUGAAAGCCGAGGGUAGGAUUGAAGAUCGAGAAGAGAUGUAUGAUGAGGAUGAUCAGUUGGACGAGAGCAAGUUUGGCAAAGCGGCAAAGAAAAUCGUCAAUCGGGUUGUGAAGCAUGGUCACGUUUUAGUGACAACUUACGCCGGAUUACAGACUUAUGGCAGACUCCUUACUCCCGUGGAAUGGGGUUAUGCUGUUCUAGAUGAGGGCCAUAAAAUCCGUAACCCCAACAGCGCAGUCACGAUAUACUGCAAAGAGUUGCGAACCCCAAACCGCAUCAUUCUUUCCGGUACGCCUAUGCAGAACAACCUGACAGAGCUAUGGUCGCUAUUCGACUUCAUCUUUCCAAUGCGAUUAGGAACCUUAGUGGAGUUUCGUAGCCAGUUUGAAAUCCCCAUUCGGCUUGGAGGUUACGCCAACGCUAACAAUCUCCAAAUCAUGACCGGACAGAAGUGUGCCGAAGUUCUCAAGGAUGCAAUCAGUCCAUUCCUUCUCCAACGACUCAAGAUUGAUGUUGCGACUGACCUCCCUAAGAAAACCGAACAAGUCCUUUUCUGUCAUCUCACGCAGGAACAGAGACAGCAGUACGAGUCUUUCCUCAAGUCGAAGGAGAUGGAGGCUAUUUUCAAGGGAAGUAGAAAUUCCCUCUAUGGAAUUGACAUACUCCGAAAGAUCUGCAAUCAUCCUGAUCUUGUCGACCCUAGCUUGAAGGAGAAGAGAGGAUACAACUGGGGCGAAGUUAGUAAAUCUGGCAAGAUGGUGGUUGUGGAAGCACUGCUCCAAACUUGGAAGAAACUCGGACACAAAACACUUUUGUUUAGUCAGAGUGUUCAGAUGUUGAAUAUCCUGGAGAGUUACGUGGAGCGCCUCGAAAAUAUCAAGUAUUUGCGAAUGGAUGGCGAAACACCUAUCAAAGAGAGGCAGAACUUGGUCGACAAGUUCAACGAUGAUUCUGAAAUCGACCUCUUCUUAUUAACCACGAAGGUCGGCGGAUUGGGCGUUAAUCUGACUGGCGCUAACAGAGUCAUCUUGUACGACCCCGAUUGGAACCCUUCGACAGACGUCCAAGCCCGGGAGCGAGCAUGGCGUCUCGGCCAGAAGAAAGAGGUCACGGUUUACCGACUUAUGACUGCGGGAACCAUUGAAGAGAAGAUCUACCACCGCCAGAUCUUCAAGCAGUUCUUGUCUAGCAAGGUCCUUAAAGACCCAAAGCAGAAGACUUCUUUCCAGCUAGAGGAUUUACAUGAUCUUUUUACACUAGGGAGUUCCGGAGAGAAGGAGACCGAAACAAGUAGACUUUUCAAGGACUCGGAGGUAACAUACACUGGCGCAUCGGCCAAGGCGAACAAACAGCACCCCGACCCGAAGGCCGUUAAGGCAGAUGGUGACCAAGAUGUUCGUGCUGUGGGAGGCGUAGCAGGCAUCGAAGAGUACGAGCACGAGGAGUCGAAAGAAGAGAAAAACCUUAUGAGGGGUCUAUUUUCUCGUGCUGGUGUUCAUUCGGCUUUGGAGCACGACAAGAUCAUGAACGGCAAUAAACCAGGAACAGAUCCAAGAUUGUUCCAGCGCGAUGUGGCUAUCACGGAAGCGGAAGCAACUGCCUCCCUUGAACGUGCCGCCAAGAAGGCGCGUUCUGUACCCAUCGGCGUUGUUACUUGGACUGGCGAAAGGGGCCACGCCGGCGGACCGUCUAACAUACGCCGCGGUCGAGGUGGCCCCAGCUCGGCCGGUGUAUUGGCCGGACUAGCUGACAGACAAGGUCGGAACGCACCUACGAACGGCUCCUCGGUCCCUCCUCUUGUGGCUAGCAACACCAACAUAGGGACCAAGGAGUUUGAAAAGCUGAUUCCGGAGUACGUCAAAGCACAAGGGGGACGGGUCCCCACUAAGGCGUUGGUCGACCAUUUUAACCCAUUCUGCGUGACGAAGAAACAGACGGAGCAGUUUAAGAUCGCGUUGAACCAAGUUGCUCAGAUGCAACAGCGAGGCUCUUCGAUGAGAGGGAUAUGGACGGUGAAGAAGGAGUACUUGUGAGCGUUGGUCGAAAUAUUGGGGGUUCUUCUACGAGAAUCAUGUGGCUCCUGAAGGAAAAAGUAUUGGUGGAAAUAUUGGUAUCGAAGAAGAGUUCGUCUUGUAAACAGGGACUCGGGGGCACGACUAUACUGCAUUUAGGAAGCCACUGGUGGUUGAGGACAUUUCGAGCAUAGCACAGGAGUUUUGAGAUGCUGGAGGACUUUGCAUGUAUUUUGCUUUACACAUAUAGCGCUUUACAAACCUGCUUUGUACAAAUGAAAUUUACUUCAUUCCCAAUAAUAUCCAAAUGGCUUCAUAAUCA